AUGCGAUGCAUUGCCAUUUGUGAAUUAUAUGAUAUCAUCUUCGCCCCUCGGACCUGCAUGGCAACGGCAUCAGGCCAGGCCAUAUGGGUUUCUGCUAUUGCAUAAUCAUGACUUGCAGGAAAUGACAUAUCUACCCUUGAAGCAUUUAUUUUCCGUGUCACUAAAUUGAUAUCCCACACACACACACACACACUCUCACAAGUUCAAAUCUCGCAAGUUUCUUCCUGAUUUCACGCAUUGCUUCCUAAGUAGCUUAGCAAAGAAGGAAAUCGUGGGAGAGCUAGGUAAGGUGUUGACUCGGAUCUACUCUCUUCCUGUGCUUCUUUCUUUCAGCUGUGGAAUAAAACAUGGGAAGGGGAAAGAUAGAGAUAAAGAGGAUAGAAAACACGACGACGAGGCAAGUGACGUUCUCAAAGAGAAGGAACGGACUCCUGAAGAAGACAAAUGAGCUCUCUGUCCUCUGUGACGCCCAGAUCGGACUCAUCGUCUUCUCCAACACUGGCAAGCUCUUUCACUACUCCUCUCACCCCUACAGGAUGGAUCAAAUAAUUGAAAAGUACCAACGAUCUACAGGGACUCGCAUAACGCGCCAUGGACAUUCCCACCUUCAGGAAGAUUUAUUGACUGAGAUGGCAAUGCUGAGGCGUCAAAAUCUGAGCCUUGAGAUGGGGAUUCAGCGCUACCUUGGAGAGGGUAUAGCUUGUCUCCGAUAUGAAGAAUUGACUAAGCUUGAAGAUGAAGUUCAAAGCUCUGUUGCAAGGAUUCGAAAGCGUCAGAAUGAGCUCCUGCAGCAGCAAUUGGAGAACCUGCGAAGGAAGGAAAGAAUCUUGGAAGAUGAAAACUGCAAUUUGUCCAAUUGGGAGCAGCAAACUGCUGUAUUGGAGUUUGAAAGGGCUGCAGCAAGUAACGGUGGUGAUAACAAAGCAGUGAUGGAUCAUCAUCAUCAUCAUCAUCAGUUGCCAUUCUACGAUGAUGAGCAAGCUUCUGCUUCUGCUGGCACCAUCCUUCAGCUUGGUGCACCACAUGUACCACAGCAGCUUCAUCCAUAUCCAUAUCCAUAUCUUCAGCUUGCACAGCCCAAUGUUGAUCAUGACUCACUCACUGGACUACUCAUGGGGCCAUCAAAAUGGGUGAUAGAGAAGGACGGAGGAGUUCCCUUCGAUGCAUGAGAUGAUAUAUCAUCAUUAUCGUCAUCCACAAAGAUUUGCCACUUUCAUUGCUACUCCACUAUGCACCUUCAGAAUUAUAACCUUGCUUUUUUACAUUAAAUAAUUUUCAGACUAUACAACAAAUUUAUUUUCACUUUUCAUCAUAUGUUUGAUCAAAAAUAUAUUUAUAUUAUUAUUAUCUGCACAUUAUCUAGAAAGAAAUGAGGAGAGUGAAUUAGAUACUGGUAAUCAGUAAUAGUGGAUAAGAAACUUAUUAGCUACUUAUGAGCUAUAUGAAGUGUCUGCUCUUCAAUAGUAUUUCCUUAUUAUUAUUGUUGUUGUUGACAUAUUCAUGAAUCAUUUUGUUUGGCAAGCAUGAAGAUAUUGAC